AUGAGUCCAGUCACAACCAUCGAGCACAACCCAAAAAAAAAUAAAAAAAAAUCUAAAGAUGCCUCCCUUAUAGGUGUUUUAAGUGCAAGUUUCAGAUCAAUUGUUCAUAGAUUAACAUCCUUCUACUUGCGUAACCCAUUAAAACUAUUUAGACCCCCAAAAUUUGAUUACUUAUAUUACGUAAGAUUGAUGGAAAAUAACGCGGCUAACAAAAUAGCACCUGCUCUUUCGUUCAAAGCAUCUCCUUUCCAGUAUACUUCUCAUAUCCUACAAAAAUCGUCAAUUGCCGUUUUGUACAGAGCCUUGAACCGGCACGGCUGGAAAAUCAUUCCUCAAAGAAUAUUGCCUCCGUUGUUAGCAAAUUCCUUAUCAAGCGUUAUCCUAUACACCACUUAUUUAGAAGCAUUACCAUCAAAGGAUUACUAUGCCAACCAAAUUUCCCAACCAGGCAAAUCAAUACAACCUAAUACAUUGGCAAAUGUAAAAUACAGCAUGUCAGAAGUUUGGCAGGCUGGGUUUAUAGCGGGCGCAGUACAAUCAAUACUCUCUGCUCCAUUGGAUUCUAUAUAUACUAGAUCCUCUACUUCGGAAAUAAUGCGUUUACAUAAAAAUCCAAGUCAUUUGUCCCUAUGGAAAUUUGGCUUUUUGAAAUUAAAGGAAAUCGGGUUCCCCGGCAUAUUUUAUGGUGGCUUUACACUCUCUUUAUUAAAAGAUUCUAUCGGAUUUGCUUCCUAUUUCGGUGUUUUUGAAUAUUUGAAAAAUUCAAGCAAUGUUCAUGCUUUAAGUACUAGGCUUUCUAAUAAUCAUAAAAUACAUAAAGUAUCUCAAACUUUUGUCGCAGGUAUUGUUGCCGCAUUUGUUUUGCAAUUGAGUCAAUAUCCGAUAGAUAAAAUCCAAAAAAUUCAUUUAUCACAAUUGGAAAUACAAGAUUACGUUCAUAUUGGUAAUGGGAAAACCGUCACCAAAGACGUUUCACCAUUUAAAAUGUAUGCACACACGUACAAAUACACAUGGGAUGCUAUUAAGAAAAAUAACCAAAAUAAUUAUAGGCAUAUACUAAAAUGGUUAUAUAAAGGGUUUUGGAAACAUACUCUAGCUAUUAUCCCAAGUACAACCUCAGGCUUAUUAUUCCUAGAAUAUUUAAGAACCAAAACAGAAAUAACUGUAAAUAAUAAUGACGAAAAUCAGAUAUUUGAGUCUUGA